AUGGUAUCCUUUACCGCCAGUGAGAAACCGAGGAUGGUCAUCGUACCUGAUUGCAGUUAGUACUUCCCAGAUCCGUGGUACCUGAAGUCCUAUUCGCCCUUCAUGAUGCAGCGUCAGCUGAUCACUUAGGGGUAAACAAGAGCUUGGGGCAAAUACGAGAACACUUCUAUUGGUAUGGCCAGCAGCAUGAUGUUGAAGACUGGUGCCAACAGUGUAACAAGUGCUCCAGUAGGAAGUCCCCACAGCAGCCAAGGAGAGCAUCCCUUGUCAGUAGCUGCUCAGGUUGCCCAUUCGAGAGAAUUGCAAUGGACAUCAUGGGCCCUCUGCCAACUACUGAGUCUGUUCAGAAGUAUAUCCUGGCUGUUGGAGACUACUUCUCGAAAUGGACAGAAGUGUUUCCUCUUCCAAAUCAAGAAGCAAAGACGGUUGCAGAAAGGCUGGUGAAUGAGGUCAUUUCCAGGCAAGGAGCACUUGAACGGAUCCACAUUGACCAGGGUCACAGCUUUGAAGCCCAGCUGCUUAAGGAGAUGGGCACCUAAUUCAGUAUUGACAAGACCAGGACAACACUGUACCACCCCAAAAGUGAUGGCAUGGUUGAGUGGAUGAACCGUAUAUUACAGGACAUGCUGGCCAAGUACAUCUCUGAGCACCAGCGCGACUAGGAUGUUCACCUACCUUUGGCUAUGAUGGUGUACAGGUCCAGUAUCCACUCAUCGACUCAAUAUACGCCGCAUUAUCUUUUGUUUGGUCAUGAGGCCAGACUACCCUUAGAUGUCAUGUAUGGUCGCAAGCCAUAUUAGCUGGAAGCAGCCUCUGAAUAUGUUAGGAACCUUGGGUCCACCUAGGACAAAGCCCAUGAAAAAGCCCAAGAGCACCUGAGGACUUCCCAGAAAAGACAGAAGGACUGCUAUGAUUGCCGAGUUGCCUCAGAGGAGAUAACGGUUAGAGACCAUAUGUACCUUUAUGUUCCUGUGAUAAAGAAUGGGAAAAAGUUGCAUUCGCCAUGGCAAGGACUGCAUGUGGUAGUAAAGAAAAUCGGUGACAUGACCUUCCAAGUUGAAGAGGUAGGCAACCACAGAAAGCGAAAAGUGGUAAAUUUCAAUCGACUUAAGCUAUGUGGUGAGCCACCAUCAGCCAACCAGUACCCAGUACCCUUAUCAGCCUACUGGUCACUGUUGCAGUUCACCAGUGCGGAGACCGCAUCUUCCCCGUUGGUACAUAUCGGAUGA